ACCGCGCCAAAUUUUAGCAACUUCCACAAGCUGACUUCGCCACUUCACAGGUAUUUUGGUACACCAGCUUGAAAAAUCGGCACUGUCGAGCAAGAUAUGCUGGGUGUCCAAAGUGCUUCCGACCAAUGUACUAUGACGUCUCUCAAUAAUGCCAGAACAUCUCGUAAAAGAACACUUCAUGUUUCUGACGUACUGGCGGGAUCAUCCCCAGGUGUGUCUCCAAGGAAAAGAUUGCGAUCUGCUGAAACUAGCUUAGAGGCAGAUAUCCCACCAGCUUUCUCUGCUAAGUGUUUUUACAGCCCAAAAGGACUUGGACAAUACCAGACGCCACUGGAAAGACAGAGGAGGCGAGCAGAGCUUGGAGAAACCCUUCUCUCCAAACCACCUGCAGAAACGGAGAAGAGUAUCAAGAAGACCAGAAAGAUUCCAACCUACACAGCAGUUCAUGUUAGCAACAAAGGCAUCCAUCGUCGACCUAAGCAAACAAGCAACACAGUGCAGAAAACAAAGGCAAAACCUGCCAAGUCCACAGAGAAGGCAGCCGAAAGAAGGGAGAAAUUGCCAUCAAGAAAUCGGAAAGAGUCAUCAACAUCAGACAAGUCAUCUCCAAGCAAGAAACAAAGGAACAGAUCCCCUAAAAAAAGAUCUCCCGGCAAAAGGACGCCUAGGAAAAGUCCAAGAAAAGGGGUCAAGAAGGCGGUCAAACUCUACAUCCAAGGGAUGAAGAACAAUCGCAAGGCUGCUAAAAAACUGACCACUAAUAGCACACAGCAAACUACCGGAGCAAAUAGGGGUAAUCACGAAGGCAGCAGUCUUGCAGUAGACACUGAGGAAGAACAGCCCGCAAUGCAAAAAGGAGCCUCAAAGAAAUUAGAUAUUCAGUUUGUGGACGAUGCCGAAAAUACAAGAACGGAAAGAAUGAUAGGCACAGAUGAAGAUGUCAAACCGUCACCGAGAUCGGUAGGGAAGAAACGCAGCAUGAGGUUGAAGGAGGAGAGUGAGUGUCUCACGCCUGAAGAGGGCAUCCAACCAUCACCACGAAAGUCUUCCAGAUCCUCCCUCAACAAUGCAUCUCAAGAUGAGACCACGAAGGAUGACAAGAAGUCAGAGGAUCGAUACAACUUCCUUGAAGGAUUUGAACCGGAAACGCCUGAAUCAGUGGCAUCUCAGUUGGCAAAGAAAGUAUCCCCCAGGAAGACUGCGGUCAUCCUCCCCGUCUUCAUGACCCCACCAAUCAGUCCAUCAACCAACAAGACACUGGGAUCUAGCUCACUCAGUCCUGCGACCUCAACACCAAUACAGCAGAGGAAGCUGAACAUCAUGAAGAAGAUGGCUGAUAACGAUGGGAUGGAACAGAUGACCAUGGACUUGGGGCAGAAGCGGUUUGGUGCAACAUCAUGUGAAAUGUGUGGCAUGGUAUACACUGCGGCCCACCCUGAGGAUGAAGCUAGUCAUGACAAAUUCCAUCGCAAAUACCUUAACUCUAUCAAAUUUCCAGGAUGGAAGAAGGAGAGACUGCUACAGGAAUUUGAUGAUGGUCGGGUCAUCAUGGUUCUGCAUGAUGACCCCAAAUACCACAUUAAGAAGGUAGAGGAAAUCAGGCAGCUGGUUGAUCAAGAGCUUGGUUUCUUACAAGGAGGUGAGGUUGCUUGCAAGACGACCUCCAAGGUGUUCCUAUAUAUAACAACAGAAAAGAAAGUGGCUGGUUGUUUGAUCGCAGAGGAAAUUAGCAAGGGGUAUCGUGUCAUAGCAGAUGGAGGGGGUACAGGUCAAAGGUCAAGUGAGGAGCAGCAGAUAUUCGAGCAACAGCGUGCGUGGUGUUGUGAGACCACACCAGAGCCGGCUGUGUGUGGUGUCAGUCGCAUUUGGGUUGCCAGUCAGGAGCGACGAAAGAAGAUUGCUACAAAACUCCUGGAGUGCCUGAGGAAUUAUUUUAUGUUCGGCAGUGUGCUUCCCAAAGAAUCCAUCGCAUUUUCGGAUCCUACCCCAGACGGCAAAAUGCUGGCCACUUCCUAUAUGAAGACUGCAAGAUUUCUGGUCUACAAGUAUCACUGACAAUCGAUCGUUCCCUCAAUAUGUGGGUUACUCAAGCAAAUUAUACUCUACAAUUUGACAAAUUAUGCCAAUAAUCACAUCAUACAUUUGUAGAUGGCUUUUAAGGACGUGACUCAAGUUUCUUUUAAAUUAAUGUAAAGUUUUAAAAAAAUUCGUGACUAGGCCUUCAUACUUUGACCUUGAUAAUUUUACAAAGAUGUGAUGUACCUGUUAAGUCAUACAGGCAUCAUGUUACUGAAGUUUAACUAACGAAAAAGGCAUUUAUUUGCUUGAUGAUGGAUAGUUUUUGGAGACUGAACAACUGUUUUCUUUUAAGCCAUAACUUCUUGCAGCACUUAACUGACCACUUUGAGAGAUUUUACCUUUAUGACGUGCAGUUUGAACUGUAGCAAUUUUUGUUGGGAGGUUUGAGGUAUGGGUAAACUGUCUUGGGUAUUUGUGAAUACCAGUCAUAUAGUAUUUAUAUUUCACUUCAUAAUAAGAAAAUAUGCUUUGUGCAGGUGGAUGUUAUGUAAAUUUGCUUGAACUUUCAUUUGCCUCCAAAAAAUGAAACAGUUCGCUCACUUCCAUGGUCGUCAAGUCAUGAAAAGUCGAUCCCGAAUCAUCUAGUUUUCAAUCCAGUGGUGGUUUUAAGUCAAGUGACAAUAUAUAAGCUUCGACAAGGGCAUAAUUUUGUUUUUUGUUUACAGCCUAUUUCUGGCUUGACUCAUUACUGACUACAUGUAUACGGUGUGAAUAAUAAUUUUGGUGCAUGCUAACACUCACUCUUCAAUUUUUUAGACUUGGCCAAGAAAUUUAUGUUAAUUGCACUCUUUUUAAACGGUGUAGAAUUACAACCCAAUUAAACCAUGUUUUUAAACAACAUCUUUUCGGACCCCAGUUUUCCCAGUGCUUCAAACCCCACGCGCGUUGGCUUCUAGGAGUACAAAAAUACUUCUCAAAGUUGUGAUGUCUCAGCAAAAAUAGAUUGGGGAUAGCAAACGACAUUUACAACUUCUGGGGGCUUGGGCAAAACGUUUACAUUUAUUACUUAUGUAAUGGUUUCAGAAAGCAAUUCAUUUAAAAAUGGUUUUCAAAAUAAUUAUUCUCUUCAGAUUUCCUUGAGCUUCAACAUGCCCGUUUUUGAGGAACGAGUAAGCUUCUUUGGGUGAAAUAAAAACAUUUUGAAAUUUUGGAAACAGCAAUACAUGUAUGUCUUCAGAACACCUUUUGUUGCCUGGUGCUGCUUAAACUGGCCGCGUGGCUGACUCUCAACCAAUUAGGCAUGGGUAAACUGUCUUAGGUAUUUGUGAAUACCAGUCUUACAGUGUUUAUAUUUCACUUCAUAAUUAGAAAAUUUGCUUUGGGGAGGUGGAUGUUAUGUGAAUUUGGGGAGAACCAUCUAUUUCGACAUGGUUUUUUUUUUGCACCACAAAUUUCAUAUAUUUUUGAUGUUGCAAUCACUGGCGGUGAAAAGGGGAGAGCAGGGGAGGUUAGUGGCCCCCAAUAUUUUGAGCGAGGAGGCACCCUGCUUUUGGUAGGAUUCUAAGAUGUGCUGCUGAAUGGCCCUUUGUAUUAAUGGCUGCCGCCUGGUACGUACGAUCUUACAACUUUCCCCCCUCUGGAUUUGAACAUUGUUUCGCCGCAUUUGUUGGUUGCAAUAUCUCUCGGGCACACCUAAUUUAUAAGUGGCUAGACAUAAAAAUUAUGCUAUAUUAGUAAAAGACCAUCUUCUGACUUCCAUGUUAAUAGUUUUAAACGUUCUUUCCCUACAAAGUGACUGAUGUCAACCAUGUAAUAAAAGUUUUUCAUGUAAAUGACUCA